AUGAGCACAACCCCCGCCGCUGCCCCGGCCCAGGGGAAGGCCAUCCUGGCAGGCGGCUUGGCCGGAGGCAUCGAGAUCUGCAUUACCUUUCCCACUGAAUAUGUGAAGACUCAGCUGCAGGUGUAUGAGAAAGCCAAGCUCCCUCGCUACCAAGGCACUGGGGACUGUGUGAAGCAGACCAUGCGCAGCCAUGGGGUCCUGGGACUCUACCAGGGCCUCAGCUCUCUUCUCUACGGCUCCAUUCCCAAGGCAGCCGUCAGGCUUGGGAUGUUCGAAUUUCUCAGUAACCACAUGCGGGACUUCCAGGGCCGGAUGGACAGUACCCGAGGGCUGCUCUGCGGGCUGGGGACCGUCGUGGCUGAGGCUGUGGUGGUCGUGUGCCCCACGGAGACCAUCAAGGUGAAAUUCAUCCAUGACCAAUGUUCCGCCAAUCCCAAGUACCGUGACUUUUUCCAUAGUGUGAGGGAGAUUGUCCGGGAACAAGGUUUGAGGGCCACCUACCAGGGCCUCACUGCCACUGUGCUGAAACAAGGCUCCAACCAGGCAAUCCGAUUCUUCGUCAUGACCUCCCUCCGGAAAUGGUACCGAGGAGAUGACCCCAGCAAGCCCAUGAACCCUGUAGUGACCGGGGCAUUUGGAGCCAUUGCUGGCGUUGCCAGCGUCUUUGGAAACACGCCGCCGGAUGUCAUCAAGACCCAGAUGCAGGGCUUGGAAGCUCAUAAAUACCAGAUCAUGAAGCAUGAGGGGCUCAAGGCCUUCUACAAGGGCACCGUGCCCUGCCUGGGCCGGGUCUGCCUGGACGUGGCCAUUGUCUUCAUCAUCUAUGAUGAAGUGGUCAAGUUUCUCAACAAAGUGUGGAAGACAGACUGAA